GCAAUGGAUGAUGCCUCCAGCACUACCGACGCCGUCGGCAUCGUCUCAACAGUUGCGUCAGUUGUGUCGGCUUUCAUUGCCGGGAUCACGCUGUUCACGGUGUACAUUGCCGCGCUGCAGCUCGCGUCCCAAAAUAGGAUGUAUCGACUCGGCCUCUCCUGGAGAGCCAUCGGCCCUUGGAAACAGAAAGUCGCCAGUUCAAGCUAUUUCGGGCUCCGCCGAAAAGUUUCCGUCCCUGUUGUCUCGAUCAGUUCCCUCCUAAGCAGGGUGCCAAACCCUGAUCUGGAGGACGGUCCGAAUAACGUUCAGGCCAAGGCGAGCUGGGUUACCUUCAUGCAGGCUCUCGGCAUGGACCCUGAGUCUCCACCAGAGGAGAAAGAUCUGUACGAAAUGCAGGAUGCUUCGGAACUCGUCAACGGCGUUAUCCCGAUGCCAUGGGAGGGCAAAAACCUUGUUGCCAUCUGCUCCAUUCUCGGCUUCCAGUCGCAUGAGAAAAGGCCAAGCUACCAGAACCCAAUGCCUUUGCCCAUGCAAUGGUCGGGGCCUCUAGGCUGGUUGCAGUUUAGGUCCAGUACAAACGCCUGUGUCGUGGAGUUUCGGAGCCGUAUGUCAGUAUCCGACCAAAUCCCGCAUGACAUCCACCGCUACUGGCAGGACUUCGACAUGCCACAAGAACCUCACUUUCUACAUUCUCGCCUGUGGAACGCUAUUGGAGGGCUUUCCCUUGCCGGCGGAAGGGCGCUCUACCUUGGUGGCGCCGACAGAGACAAGGGACCGCGUGACAUGGAGACCGAGACCGCCAAGGAAGAGCGAACGCAAGCCAAGCUGUUCGAAGACCUUACGUCCGAAGACCUCUCGAGCGAAAACAUUCUCCUCAAGCUCUACGGAAAGAAGAAAGACCGCCCCAAGGCCCUCCAGCGCGAUUCUAAUCGCAGCAACCCCAGUCAGGUCGAGCGUGGUGCUAACAACCCGGGAAGGCCGGGUAUCCUCGAUGAUUUGCUGAGGGAGGAGUUGGGUAAGCUCGGAAACACUUGCAGGAUGAAAGAACUUCUCAGACCCUGUCCUGGCCUCCUCUCUGUUGCCAUCAAUGGGGAGCUAGCGGAUAGCCGGGGUCUCGAAAUCCAUACGUGCGAAGAGCACGACCGCAAAUAUGUCCCCGACGACGAGGACAUUGAUGCCGGUCUCUACCCCCACCACAUUGGGGACCUCUAUAUGGGCAAAGAUCUGCUCAAGCUCGUGAAGGAUGCACUGUUGCUUCUCAGACCAGACGGCUUUUACUUCUCCCCUACCCAUCCGCUGAUGUCCGACCUGAUGGAGGCAUACGGUCAUAUCGAGCAGCAGUCCAACAAAGCCAUGCAGAUCUUCCCAGAUUGCGGUAAUACAACCUUCCCGGCGGAGGCUAUCCACCUUCGGAGUGCCAUGAUCCUCUGCAAUAAUCUGCAGAGCACACGAAAGACAUCGUAUGCUGUUUUCUCCGUCAAUGAUAUGCGCAUCCUCGCCAAGGCCUCGCAUUCUCUGAAGCCCAUCAUCUCCGGCAAUCGAGCCGCGUCGGGCGACGGGCGGGACCUGAUCUGGGCGAUCUUGCACCGUCCCGAUCUCUCCGGCAGGAUUCGUGAGUCUCUAUCUCUGGGGAACAUUUCUAUUUCCCAGUUCAUACAAGCAACAGUGCAAUGCAACGACGGCGUCCUCGACUGUUCAUCCAUACCCGGACUCGGCGACCCGUUGGUGGAGAAGUCGGCACAGUUCAGCAUCCCGUUGGUUGGGGAUGGCGAGUACACCGGCUUGCAGGUGCUGGCGGCUCUGGCUGAUGUUUUCAUUACCUAUUAUUGGAUCAACAAGAGAUGGAUCACUGAUGUCGCCGUGUACGAUUGGACCAUUCCGCAGAGUGUGACGAUGUGUUGAAAGCCCUGCCGACGGCCGUGUGAGCACGAAUGCCGUGGCUGCCAUGGGAUACCAUAGCAGGCAGAUGCUGGAACGCUGGACAACAGGGACUGCUUGGGAGGGACAGGUUUUUGUUAAGUCAGUUCUUUCAGGCGUUCGCAUCAGGAAAACGGCAAUGAUCAUCCAUUCUCACAUAAAUAGAUACC